AUGCACCUGGGCUGCCAGUCGGAGUCCAGCCUUUCAACAAGGCAUGUGAGGCGCAAGUUGUUUGCGUCAGAGUCGGAGUUGGAUUGCCCCGUGUCCAGGAGCAUUGCAGAAGAAGAGACUGCCCGCAGCAGCUCCAACUUCGUGCGCGUGAAUAUGGCCGGCACUGUGUGUACAGGAUGGAGUGCUGCAGGCAAGGGCUUGCACUUUGCAGAUCCAUCUGAACGACCACAUGCGAUAUGGGCGAGUGAGCGUGUGGCUCGCGCUGAACAAGGGCUGGAAGAUUUCAUGAUCAGUGAAUGUACUCCCCGCUACCCAGUUCAGGAGAAGCUCUCUGCCUUGGAGAACACGCACGACGUCUUCAGCAUUGUGCUGUCUCCGAUGAUGCUUGGAUGGCCAGUCAGGCGCACGCGUGUGUUUACUUGUGCCUUGAAUCGUGAAACUAUGGCGUGGUUUGGACCUCCUGCGUCUGAGAUCUCUGCUCAUUUCAUGCAGUUCUUUGAAAGGAGCGUCGCAACAACCGGUGACAUUUGCUUGGCUGCUAAUGAUGCAGAAGUUCGUGCGUACUUGUGUGAAAUGGCACGGAAGCGAGGCUUUGAGUUGCCAGAGAACGUUCCUUUGGAGAAUGUGCAGUUGCAUCACAUCUACGCACCAGGCCAGAUGGUGCGACUUCAGUCCUACGAGCAGGAUCGUCAGCGUCAUCUGGCCGAGACGGUUGAGGUUGACCAUGCUGCAGUUGGUGCUCUCAGUGCUGUCGACGCUGGCCCUAGUGCAUGGUUUGCAGACCUGGAGCAGAAUCUGGGCCAAGGUGCAAGCACUCCUUCAGAGAUGCUGCCCUCGGCUCUGACUCAUGGAACUUUGCACGCUUGGUCAGCAAACAGGCCGGUGCUGCCAAUGGAACAGUUUCUGGCGCACGGGUUCAAUGUCUUUCCAGACAGAAGCAAAUGGAAACGUGCUUGCUUGAUGACGGAUGCUUUGUCCGAUUUUUCUUCCUGCCAGCAGAAGAAGCUCCUUGGCAACGGCUGGCAUUUGCCAGUGAUUGCUUCAUGGAUGUUCUAUAUCAUGGCGCACACUGUGAAGCUUGAUCGCUCGGUGAGCAUACAGCCUGAAAGAACCUUGCUCAGGAAGGGCGGCUCUAGCUUCUCUAUCGGCCAGGGAAGUUCAACGCCAGACCUGUCUCUGGCUGCAGAUUCCCAAGAUGCCUCGGUGCAGGAUGAGUAG